GAAAAUGUGUGAGAUCCCAGUUUCGCUCGCGACCUCGCGGCGGUGGGUCGUGUCGUAGCUCCGACGAUCGAUGAAAUACGAGCUAUAUUUUUCCGGGGCUUUAAUGAAAAAUUGAUGAAAAUUCGCUCUCGACGGUCGCUGGGACGCAUGUAGGGUGUUCUGUAAUUAAACUUUGUGCGUGUUGGAUGUAUAUUGUUAUGUAGCCGUGUACAAGGUACAAGUGAAAUGUUGUGACAGCGACAUAAUGAGAACACAGAAAUAGUGCUGUGACAGUGUCGAUAGAUCAUUUAUCGAUAAAAUGGCGACGUUUAUAUUCGCGCUAUUGCUGCCCGCGUUUGCCGCGGCCGCGCUGUCUCCCAGUGACACGGACGCUUGUAAUCCAGAUAAAAUGACAGUGUAUAAAAUGGUGCUCCACACGUAUUGGACGAGAGAGAAAUUCCCGAAACAUUACCCAGAGUGGAGACCACCGGCUCAGUGGUCGAAAAUUUACGGGGUCUCCCACAAUCGGUCACACGUUUUGUUCCGUUUGGGUCGUCGGGUUUCGCCUCAAGUGCGCCAGUUUGCGGAGACCGGACGAUCGGACGCGCUAGGCUCCGGUCCGGGGACUUUAGACGUGUUCGGCGCGCCGCCGGUUAGUCAGGGCGCCGGACGCACUGAAGCCCAGUUCUUUGUCGACGGGAAUCAUUCUAGGGUAUCUGUCAUGGCGCGCAUGGUUCCAUCUCCGGACUGGUUCAUCGGUGUGGACAGUUUUGAUCUUUGCGUCGAUGGCAAUUGGCUGGACAGCAUAACUAUUGAGGUAGAUCCUCUCGAUGCUGGCACAGACAACGGCUUUUCGUUUACAGCACCGAAUUGGACGACAGCUCCUCAAGGAGUUGCCUAUCGCAUCACUUCGAAAUACCCCUCGCAUCCAGCCGGUUCAUUUUUCUAUCCCCAUUUGAGAAGACUACCGCCUAUAGCGACCUUUCAGUUCAUUAAACUUCGGGAAUACGAAUUAACAGAGGUAUUCCAUCGAACGAGCGACGAUAAAAAAUACGACGUUCUACAACUCGACAAGAUGAGUCACAACAAUAUUGACGUGCUCGAUGGGAACAGGGCGCUCUCUGUCGCAGAGGAAGUGGAACGAGCCGAGCAAGCACCCAGGAUAUACGUUGACGGCGCUUUAACCACACCCGAUGGGGCUUAUUCAUAUUACACUAUUGUCAAUUCAUCGAGUACCACCGAGGAGCCUCGAUCAGCGAACGAGUUGCCCACGUCUGGACCGACCGCAAGUGAGCGCUCGGCUUUGCGAAGUCUGGCGCGCCGGGCCCGAGCGCGGAGGCGACGCAAGCUCCGAGCUGACAAUACUGACCCCGCCGAGCGGAGACGACGGAAAAGGACAAGGUUGCUAAGCUGCCGGGUGUCAGACUGGAGCGAGUGGAGCGCUUGCCGCAGCGACGGCGGUUGCGUCGGCUCGGCGAUGCGCACGCGGCGGAUCAUACGUCGGCAGCGGCCCGGCGGCGCGCCCUGCCCGCCCACCGCCCAGUCGAGGUGGUGCGCCACCAACUGUACCGCCCACAGCGACGAAGACUGGCGGAACAACCUUACGUAAUUCAUAGAUCAAAUUCAUUGAUGAACUGUACGGUAUGUUUGCAAUACUUGAGGUUUCGCAAGACCUAUUAAUACAAAUCACUUUCAAAGCUUAAUCGAAGCUUAAGAUUUGUAUAAACUCUACCAUAAUAAUCCUUGGAGUACUGACGACGGUCAUUGCUAAGAAAAGAGAACUCAUCUUGUCAUCAAGAUGACUUCUCUUUUAUAUUCGUUAAGCCUUGUAUUAACCUCGGUUUCAUCUAUGAAUUUAUAUAUGUGCAGAUGACUACGAUAGCAUUGUUUAAUGCGGAAGCAUUUAGGUUUUACUUGAACGUAAACAAUUCAUAUUUUAUUUUACUAAACUAAUUAUGCUCAUCUAUAUUUUUCAGUGGGCGCUUAAUAUUGAACUGAAUAGUGCUGAUAAGUUACAAAAGUUUUUGACCUCGAAUAAAAUAAAUACCAGGUAGAAACGUCUCAUUUGAUGCAGAAGCUAGUUUAUUUACCAAAUUGUUUCUAAAAAGUUUUAUUUUUUGUUAUGUAUUUACGUUACCUCAUACUUUGUCAUUUAUGACAUGUCGAACAUAAGCUUAGAAUGUUGGGAGACUGGCAGGCGGAGUAAUAAUAUCACAAAUAUGUACUUCUUCAGUCUUCGAAUUCUCAGAAGAGGAGAACUUUAUCGGAUACUAUUUGUUGAAACAUUCUUGUUUAUCGCGAGAUUCUGUUAUCAUAAGUUCAAUAAGCGACAGUAAUUAUUCCAAUAAGCGCAUUGGAUAUUAUUUGUUUAAGAUAUUUUUAAUACAUGCUUUAUUUGAACUAGAUUAAUGCACGUUUUUUUUAAGUUUGAAACCUGUGUCUGUCCGUCCAGUGACCUUAUUUUCAAUUAACACACUUUUACUUUUCAAUUUACAAAAAUUCGUUGUGAUCUGUCAUGUGUAAAAAUGUAUUGUAAAAAAAUUUAAUUAGACAAAAAAAAAAUACAUUCAUUUCAAAUUUUGACUUUACUUUCGCUGUAUCUAUUCGAGCUUCUAAUGUAUUUUAUUUGUCAAUUAAUUGUUGAUUAGACGUGAUUAGAUAUUAGGGUAGUUACAGUGUUAAUAAUUUUCUAGUUUUUUAACACGAAUUUGGCCAAAUACCUUGUCGGAACAGCGUUUAAAAGACGUUAGUAGAAAAUCAUCUUUAUGCACUAGAAUAUUAUUUCCUUUUUCGUUUACAUGACCCAAAUAAACUUUUUUAGAGUAAACAAAAGUGAGAAAAGCAGCGUUUAAUCUAAAUUCAUCUUCAAUUGAAUUGCAAUGGAGAAAUAACUACAGAAUUACACUGCAUAAAACAAGAACGAUGCUUUGCAUUUUUUUGCCGCGUACACUGUUCCAUUGUUUUACCUCUUUAAAAUUCUUAAUUCAGGAUAAGUGACUAGUGGACUGUUUUAAUUCUACAAUUACUUCUUUUUACCUAAAUUCCCGUAGAGACUGAUGUCGCGACGGCUAGAACAAAAAAUUUGCUAGUGCGUAAUAAAAAUGACACAGUCCUCUUAUGAACGGGGGAAAUUCAAUUAGAUUAUCAAAUACAUAUCGUUUACUUUAGUAUUUAUUCCUGACAGUUCAGUAAUGUAGUUCCAUUUAGACUGUGUUAUAGGAAUCCAAAGAUGCAGCUUUUAAUUUUAAGACGGUUAAUUGUAAAAUUUUAAUGUAAGUAAAUUAGAUACGUUUAAAAUAGAUUGCGAAGCCUUCUGCGAGAAUCGGGUUCUCGUUUUUAAAUAAUAAUAAUGAUUAGUUGUUGACGAACCGAUGCGAAGUUUGUCGGAUGUUACAGAAAUCGUGUGUGAUUUCUUCGAAAUUUGUAUAAGUAAUGUAAGAUUCAAGAAAAUCUUUCCUCUUCGUUAUUAGCGAUCCUCAUUGAAAAUUAGAAUAUUUUUUUCUAUCUAAAAGUCGCUUUCAAUGCCAAAGAAAAAUAAAUUAGGCUUACCGUUGAACUGAUUCUUCUCCCUUUUAGAUAUAAAUCGAAUUAAUGGUUUGUUCACACUCACCUACAACUAAUCCUACGUUUGUCGUUAUUUUAAAUAGAAAAAAGAUAAAAUAAUAUAAAUUUGAGUGUGAACGUACCAAAACGUUAAAUAACAUAUUUUUUAAAUGUAGAAACGUCGUCUAAAACAUUUAGAUUUAAAUUAAAGAUCUAACUUAAAUUUAAAAUGAAUGUAAAGUCGAGCCAAUUCACCUGAAAUGUAACAUUAGCAUAUAAAAAAAAACUAUGGAGUAUUUUUUACAAUGUAAAUUAUUCUGAUUUCAUUAAUAAAACAUCUCAAUAAACAAAA